GCAUCCUGUCGGCAUGUGUUUUCACGUCCAUAGUCCGUACUUGUUCUCGUAUUUACGAGCUAAGGCCGAAUCGGCGACUUGCACAUUUUCUACAAACCAUCAUCAUUUAAAAUAUGACUUCCAAGACCGAACUGGCCUGCGUCUACUCGGCGCUGAUCCUCGUCGAUGACGAUGUCGCCGUCACGGGCGAGAAGAUCCAGACCAUCCUGAAGGCUUCUGGCGUUGAAGUCGAGCCCUACUGGCCAGGUCUCUUUGCCAAGGCCCUCGAAGGUGUCAACAUCAAGGACCUGAUCACCAACGUGGGAUCCGGAGUUGGAUCUGCCCCAGCCGGUGGAGCAGCCCCUGCUGCCGCCGCUGCUAGUGCUGCUGCCCCUGCUGCUGCAAAGAAGGAGGAAAAGAAGGAAGAGCCAGAAGAGGAAUCUGACGACGACAUGGGCUUCGGUCUGUUCGAUUAAGAAGCAGCGGACUGACCCGGAAUUUCUGUAUUCCAUGGACACAACAUUAAAGCAUUUUUUUACUUAA